GUGUGAUUAAGAUUAUUUGUUACAUAACUAGAUGUCGUAAUAGUAUCGCUAAAGUUUGAAUUCUGUUCUUUUCUUCUGAGUAUCAUUUUAAUACUGUUUGGUUCUAUAUUUUGCUGUAGAAUCCAGAUAUAUGAUGUAUGCCAUGAUUUGUUUUGUUCUUAGAAAACUUUGCAUGCCCAAAGAACACUGUUAAAUGUCCCGGUAGCUUUUGUUUGCCAUUGAAGUUUAUUUGUGAUGGACAAAUACAAUGUCCUGGUGGGCAGGAUGAGAUGGAAUGUGGCUGUCAGGACGAUGAUCGUGAAGUUUUACUUCUGUACGAUGACACGAUAAGCAAAGAUGAAAAACAGAAGAUACGGAAAAUUGCGGCACAGUUUUACACAACUAACAGUAUUGUUAGGGAGCUGCGCUAUAAGGCUAAGUAUCGACCAGACAAAUUUGAAUUUAACCAUCUUAUGCUAGAUAUUUCGGAUACAGUCGUUAAUCCAUAUAGCACCACCAAUAGGGAGAUUAUUUGCAACUACUCUAUAUUAGCAUCAGACUUUGUCAACAGAAUUAAAUUUUCCAAGACAAAGUCGAGAGGGAUUUUAUAUUUCCAAAAAUAUAAUGAAUUGGACUCUCUUGAUGGGAUGAUGUUUGAAAACAUAAGGUCAACGCCAGAGUUUCUGAUAUACAGAAUCAUACAGCGUCCAUUUGAUGAAAUGUUAAAUUUUGAAACAUAUCCAGUUGUUACAGAUAUAGUGAUAAAAUCUUUGGCGACAUUAGUUGCAGUUGGAUCAAAAUAUUUUCCGGCAUUGUGCAAAGAAGCAGCAAUGAUUUAUUGCCCAAAUGAGUAUAAAUGCGCGGCAAGUAAGACGUGUAUUCCUUUGGUGCAGAUAUGUGAUGGACAAGCACAGUGUUUGCAUGGUGAUGACGAACUUUAUUGUGAAUACACAUGUCCAGAAAACUGCACAUGCGUAGAAUAUACAACAAACUGCAGUUUCGCUGACAUAGACAGUAACACUUUACCUUAUGUGCACAAAAACUCCCGUUUGCUUGAAUUGAGCGCAAAUACCAGACUCCGAGACAUACUUGUAAAGCCAGUGUUAAGUUUCCCAUAUCUUAUAUCAUUGAAUAUUUCAAUGUGUAGCAUAGAGGACUUUACCGCAUAUGCAUUUAUCGCAUUAGCGAAUCUGAGGAUAAUGGACCUUAGCUAUAACAAAUUAAUCAAAAUUCCUUCUUUCGCAUUUAGCGGACUGAGUAAACUAAAAAUGUUGAACUUACUAGGAAAUGGGGACAUACAUAUAUUUGAGCCGAAUUCAAUGACCGGUCUACCCAGUAUAAGAAACAUUGAAAUUUCAGGUGCGAAUAUUUAUAAAAUUUCUUCUAACACAUUCGCUGGUUUAGAUCUUGAUGAAUUAAAAUUGUCUGAUGACAAUAUACAUGAAAUGGAAGACAACGUAUUCUCAGGUAUGAAUGUGAAAAUCAUCGACAUGGAAAACACUAAAAUAACAAUCUUCAAUAAAGGUUUAUUCCGCGGUGCAUCAGGAAUAACUUCCUUACAUACACAUGCAUUUAAAUAUUGCUGUGUUCGUCCGAACUAUUUAGCAGAUGCAGACUGUUUUCCUGCAAAAGACGAAUUUUCUUCAUGUGCAGAUUUGAUGCGGGUUUCUGCACUCCAAACAAUGCUUUGGUUUAUCGGAAUACUCGCACUGAUUGGAAAUAUUUUGUCUGUUAUUUACCGUUUAGUCUACGACAGAGAAAGGCUGAAACUGGGUUUUGGAAUAUUUGUGACAAAUCUUGCUGUAGCAGAUUUCCUGAUGGGAAUUUAUCUAAUACUCAUUGCAGUAGCGGACGCCGCAUACCGUAAUAGGUAUAUUUUUAUGGAUGACUACUGGAGGAAUAGCAUCUGGUGUACAUUAGCUGGAUUUCUAUCCACCGUUUCGUCAGAGGCCAGCGUUAUCUUUCUGUGUCUUAUUACAUUAGACAGGAUUUUAGUCAUUAAGUAUCCAUUUGGUCAAGUGCGUUGUAACAUGAAAAUUGCUGGAAUCUGUUCAGGUAUUGCCUGGGUGAUUUCAGGGUCCGUCGGCCUGAUACCAAUUUUAUAUAAAGAUUACUUUCAGAAUAAGUUUUAUUCAAAAUCAGGCAUUUGCAUUGCAUUACCGUUAACCAGAGAUCGGCCACCAGGAUGGUUAUACUCUAUCACCAUCUUUGUCGGAUUUAACUUUGUUACAUUCUGUUUAUUAGCCAUUGGACAGGUCAUUAUUUAUUCGGAAAUUAAAAAGGCAACCUCGGGAAUAAGACGGAUUACAAGACAGGAUAAAACUGGGUCAGCACGACGGAGAGAACUUACUGUGGCACGAAAUCUUUUGCUUGUUGUAACCACUGAUUUUCUCUGCUGGUUUCCUAUCGGUUGUAUGGGAACGAUGGCAUUGUCCGGUCACGUGAUUCCCGGUGAGGUGUAUGCCUGGACGGCUGUAUUUAUACUUCCAGUAAAUUCUGCGCUAAAUCCAGUUCUUUACACGUUAACAGCUAUUCUCGGAAAGAAAAAAGAGCACGUGCAACAUGAUGUACAGCAAGUUACAUCCAGCAACGUGCCUCGCAGAGUGAAGACAACGCUCAGAUUAUUUCGAUAUGGUCUCACAACGGCAAAUAGUCUUAAUCAGACAUUUGUAAGCUUAGACGAUCUUGGCAAACAAGACAUCAAUCUCACGUCAAAAGAUGUUCUAAAAAUUGUCAAGAAUUUGUCUCGGUGUCUCUACUUGUUACAUACAAAUUCACUGAUGGCGGAGCUAGAUAGAAAUGUCGUCUUUGUAAGCGUGGAGUACGGCGAGGUUACUUGUGACGUGCAAAUUAGGCAAGACCCGACACAGUGCUCUACUAACAAACUGCAAAAGGAUAAUAUGUCUCAACUAGGACAAGUUGUUCGAUGCCUGCUGGUAAUGUUGCAGAAGAAUAAAAGAGGAAAAUGUGCAUGAUAUAGUAUUAAUAAGCAGUGUUUGGGAAGUUCUUAAACAUAACAUUGAUUUCCAGAGGGUUCUACAAAUAUUUUGUAAAAUAUGUCACAUCAACUUUGUUCAUAGAGUCUAAUGGUACAUGAUGUAGGACUGAAAUACCGGUUCCGUAUGUUUUUUAUUGGUGUCAUUAAUGGGUUUUACGGCGCAUGUGUUUAUUGUAUUCAACGGUGAACAUUACAUUUCUUAGAAGGGUAUUUCAGAUAAACAAUUUUGCGACAGCUUGGAAAUUAAGUACUUUCUUUAAAUAAUUAUAUUGAUUUGUAUAUAAGAUAUAAAUAUAGCCUUUUUCUCAUUUCCAUUAUAUUACUUAGGUAUCCUUGGCGAUAAUGUCAAUAUUUCAAUUUUUGAGAAACUCCCUUUUUAAUAUUUUUUUGUUUAAAUGUUGUCUGUGUAGGUUUCUCAAACAAACAUGGUACUGCAAUAUAGUUUAUAUGAUACUUUUGAAUAUAUACAUAUUUGUUUUUAAUUUCUGUAGUUGAACGAUUCACUGUUACUGUAUGUGAUUAUACCGUUAGAUAUUGUGAUGUGUUUUGUACCGUUAUGGUAGAUAAAUUUUAUUCUUGACCAUUAUCCUUUUUAUAUAUAAAUCAUUUAAAGUUGUUUUCUAAUUAAUGUAGUAUUGUGAUCGACACGUAUUUAUAUUUCAAUUUUAACUAUUAUUACACUUUUAGAAUAAUUUGAUUUUUAUGUAUAUAUUUUUCAAUGCGAGAUUGUAUUGUUUCUAUACAGAUAUUUUAUGCGAGGGAUUGAUUGAUUGAUUUAUUUCGGCAAAGGAAAACAUAUAAUGGUUUACAAAACAUUCUUAUAAUGUUAAAAUUCUAACAUAUUGAAAUAUUAAAUAAAUAAAUGAAUAAAAAUGGAUAAAUAAAUAAAUAUUAAAUAAUACAAAAUUAAACCAUGAUAUGCAUCCAAUACCAAGGAUAACACAAAAAAGCGCCAGCGCUUGUUUCCAUUGUGGGAGAAGUAUAAACAUGUUUGGUAUUGAUUUAUCUGGUUGAUAGUACCUUAAGAUAAUUAGAGACUGUCUCAAAUGUGCAUGAAUGUUUGUCUCUAAGUAUCGUAAUAGACUCCGAAAUUACAACUCAAAAUAAGGUCGAAUUCAAUAUGUUACCGUCGACCAUCAAUACGGAAAUGUUCCGAAAAGCAACAUAAUAUGCACAUUUUAUUCAAAAUAUUAGCCGACAUCUGUACUAUAAAAAGUUCUACAAAAAGGUUAUCGUUGUCAUAUUUCGGUGUACAGUAAACUUUAUUUGGGAUCAGCCGACCUUCAGUUAUAUACAAAAUGAACCUAAGAACAGUUCUUAAGGUCUAGAAUGACGGUUUUACAUAAAAAGGAACAAUAUAAAAUUAUCUAGUCAGUUUGAUUUUACAAGUACCAUCUUGUUGCCAUACCGAAUAUUGCCCUAUGAUAGCCCUCCAGAUGGUUAAACACCAUUAGUACCUCACAGAGGUUAAGAAAUGCUACACGUAUUGUUUUCAUGCAUUUGCACACUGUCCGAGUACCAAACUACACAUAAAAAUGUUUAUUUAAGUUUUCAGCCAAUAUUACCUUCUGGUUAGCCGCAAUUUGCAAAGAUGUGCUAACUUGGAACACAAUGUACAUGCUUUAUACAUUUUUGGAGAAAGGUAUGUGUGAUCAGUGAACGAUUGAAUUAUUUACCCUUUCAAGGAUGACGUCUCACAAAAUGUUCCCAACACUGCUAAAACAAAUCUCAUCUGUAUUUUUAAUUACUAAUCAUUGUGACUAUAACCUUGUCCGACAUCAGUACAUCUAGUAACUUAUUAACUUUAGAUAAUGGCUAAGUGUCUGUUGGCCGGACCUAGAGGUUAACUGUGUGUCUAGAGUUCCGAUAGCCGAUAAAGGAUUUCUUCGACAAAAGGUAGCACUAUUUCUCUGAACAAUAUACUAAAUCAGGAGCAUCGACUUACUGAAGUUAACCCGCCCGCUUGGCUCAGUAGGUAGAACGUCGGUCUACGGAUCGCGGGGUCGUGAGUUCGAUCCUCGGGCUGGGCGUAUGUUCUCCGUGACUAUUUGAUAAACAACAUUGUGUCUGAAAUCAUUAGUCCUCCACCUCUGAUUCAUGUGGGGAAGUUGGCAGUUACUUGUGGAGAACAGGUUUGUACUGGUACAGAAUCCAGGAACACUGGUUAGGUUGACUGCCCGCCGUUACAUGACCGAAAUAAUGUUGAAAAACGGCGUUAAAUCCAAAACAAGCAAAACAAAAUUACCGAAGUUAAUUUCCUUGCCAACAGCGGCCUCUAAGUACAAUUUACCAACAGUUUUAGGACGGAUUACACCAAACCGGAAGUGACUACUCAGUGUUACAUGUGAAGUAAUCCAAAAUGUAGUUCGAUGCUAUGGAUGAAAUAUGUUGUAAUGAGUGACAUGAGGAGGUGACAGUUAAAUUUUUGGCUUAUGUUUAUUGCUUAUAGUAUUGAGAAUAGAUCUAGACCAUUUUCAUUGUAAAUUUCUUGGAAUAAGUUUUAUUCUUUGCGAAAAAUGUCUACCUACGCGUAAUUGCUAAACGGCUGUUUUCAUGGGGGCAUUUUUAGAGGGUGAUGUUUGUCAGAACAGAUUAUUUUUCUUAUAUACAAAUAACAUGUCAAUAUUUUUGUAUUUUUGAUAAGAAGACAUGUUAUACUAAAUGACCAUAUAUGGUUUUCAUAUCAUUGAAAUGCUGUAAAGUGCUGAAAAUGAGGUCUGAAUGUUUUGUUAUUAAUAUGAAAUAAAUAAGGAAUUGAAUUGGUAGAAUGUAACCUUUUUAGCACUCUGACAUUAUCGCAAAUGCAUAUGAAAGAAGACUUAGACCAGUUCUCCAAGCAUGAUGGAGUAUCUAAGGUGUUAAACUGUCUGAAAGUGUAUCCCUUUUCUUGGUUCAUAUUCAAGAAUACAAAAUAUAUUGCCAGUAUGCAGUAAAAUAAACAUGUUUAUGCUGAACAACAAGUUUUAUAUGUUGUAGUGAUAUUCAGUUUCAUGUAAAAACAUCCAUCUAACCGUUUUUUAAGACAUUUACAUCCGAAGUGUUCCAGAGAUAAGACAAAAGGUUAUUAAAAGGGUAGUUACAAUCAGUUACUUUUUCAAUUAAAUACUGAACAUAUAUUUUUUUUAUUUUACAUUACAUAUAAUUGUAAAUUAAUUGUAUUGUUUGUAAGAUAGUAUGCGUGUAAGUAUUUAAUUCGUUCAAACAAGGAGUAAACCUGUAUACCCUGCUGAAAUAGGUUUUCUUGCUUGUCAAUAUCACUACAUAGACGGCUCCCCAAAACAGAUUAAAGAUGCUGCGAUAACAUAUGAAUUAUCCUGCACGUGCUUUAAUGAAACAGGUGCUGUAAAACUAAAUAUCUAGACAUGCUAAAGUUAUUCAUUAACAUGAUUCGAGUCGGGUAAAUUUGCUCAAUUUAAAACGUGUAAGUGUACUUUUACUGGUAAGGCCAUUUUUCACCAACAACAUGGAACUACAUUUAGAACUACCUCGAUCAC